ACAGACAACUCUCCCGUGAAUGUGCUGACUAGACUGGUACCGGAUUAGCGUCCCCUAUCUCCGCCCCUCGGCAGAUGUCACUGCGCUCCAUGGGGCAGACGGCCAUCUUGGCAUACGGGGAUAAACAUACGUCGUCGUCCUGCGUUUUGGGUUCCAUUUUAUACAGUCAGAACAUCCGUGCCACCUCAAGAAGUCGUCAUUGAAGCCCUCAAAAACAGUAGAAGUGGAAGUUUAAAAGCUUGAAGGACAUCAAGACUAAUCCAGUCGUGGAGAAUCCUACAAGGAGAUAUAUUGAAGAUGUCUGCAGGGCCGUAUAAUUACAGUUACAUAUUCAAGUACAUCAUCAUAGGAGAUAUGGGUGUGGGCAAAUCUUGCCUGCUUCACCAGUUUACAGAGAAAAAAUUCAUGGCUGAUUGUCCACACACUAUUGGAGUUGAGUUUGGCACCAGGAUCAUCGAGGUUGCAGGACAGAAAAUAAAGCUUCAGAUAUGGGACACAGCAGGCCAGGAACGAUUCCGUGCUGUCACUCGCAGCUACUACCGUGGGGCAGCUGGUGCUCUCAUGGUGUAUGACAUCACAAGAAGAAGCACAUACAACCACCUUAGCAGUUGGCUGACAGAUGCCCGCAACCUCACUAAUCCUAACACCGUGAUCUUUCUUAUUGGCAACAAGUGUGAUCUGGAGGCCCAGCGAGAUGUAACUUAUGAAGAGGCCAAACAGUUUGCUGAAGAGAAUGGUCUGAUGUUCCUUGAGUGCAGUGCCAAAACAGGAGAAAAUGUAGAAGAUGCAUUUCUGGAUACAGCAAAGAAGAUUUACCAAAACAUCCAAGAUGGAAGCUUGGACCUCAAUGCAGCAGAAUCUGGCGUGCAGCACAAACCAGCCACACCACGCAGCCCCAUCAGCAACGACCAGCCACCCAGUAAAGAAUCCUGUGCUUGCUAGUCCCACGGUCAGAGGUCGUCAUUCUCUUCAUUUCUUCCUCUCAUUUUAAUGUCCACAGGUGGUACCCUUUCUCACUGCAGUAUCCUGUUCUGUCUGGCCUCGUCUCUCACAGCCAAUCUUUUCUUCCUUUAACAGUUCUUUCCUUUUGUUAUGGAGUGGACACCACAUUUGCUGCACCCUGGCAGAUGACUUGAGUCAUUCCAGCAGAACGCGACAUGAAUACGGCCAUGUGUGGAUGUGUCAGAUUUGGGGUUGGGGGAAGGGCACUGGUUUUAAAUGAUGGCCAGUUUAUCAAGAUAAAUGCUGCUUUGGACACCAACCACAGGAGAUUGUGAUUAGAACUGAGGCACUGCAUCAUUUCUGACUGUGCAAUUACCCGUUGGGGAAAUGACUGUAAAUAACAAAAAAAAAAAAAAUGUGAUUUGAAUCAUCUGAAGUAGAUCAUGCACUGUAACCCUUGUAGAAUGUGCAUUUCUGUGUCAGAGUGGCUGCACAUGUCUGUGUGUGAGUGUGUAUGCCUGCUUGGGUGGGUGAUGCAUGCAUGGGCUGGGAUGUUGGAGAGAUGCUGACCAGUGUCAGUUCGUAGAAGUGUGCACAAUGUUGAGGACACCUAGCUACUGCUAGUUAGUAGCAGGGCAUCGCACAGAUUAUCUGUCAGCCUUUCCGUCAAAGUAGCUUCAAGUAAUGUGGUGGUAAGCCCUGGUGACUGCUGGCUAUUUGUUUUCUGGAUAGUGUACCACAUCAUAUCCUUAUCAACUGACGCUGUGACUUUGGUCACUACACAGCUUUAGAAUGUUUAGCAGCUCUUUAGGGGUUUUUGUUCUUAUUGAUCUGUUAAUUGUGUUUGAAGUUUACAUAAUUUUUAACAGUCCAUUUGGAAUUUCCUUAUUUUAGUUAAAUAUCAUAGAAAUGAAAAAGUUGUGAAACAGUGUUUCACAGUAGUUUCAGCUAUGCUUGAGUGGCAGAUGGUUAUCUAACACAUUGCCUUGAUGACUUGUUCAGAGUACGCACAAACACCACCACCCCUGACCAAUUCCAUUUGACUUGGUGGUAUAUUUUUGGGGUCGCAUUAGAUUCUAAAAUGGGGUAGACUCUGGCAUUAAACGAAACAUUGUGUUCCCCCUGUUGUAAAUGUGCUGUUUACAGAAGAUUCACUUGUGCACGAAACAUAUCCUGAUAUGGUAUAAAAUUAGUGAAGUAAUUUUGAGACUUAAAAACUUUAGUGAUGGUAUGAUGGUAAAAAAAAAAAUCCAGUGUUCGGAUGGAUUUCUUGUCAUGAAAAGCUGUUGUAAAAGGAAAAAAUUUGCUUAUAGCAAAAAACCAGUUGCCGUUUCCUGACCUGAGUAACGCAUUUGAGAAAGACAACUAGCAUACCACAGAGUAUCAGGCUUUGUUGACAAAGGGUGAUAGUCUUGUACUUGCUCAUGCUCAGUCUUAUAGGGUGGGUGAGUGCAAUGUCCAGUGUUGUGUGUGUGGGGGGGGGGGGGGCUCAAAUUGAUUUUUGUUGGUCAAAUAUUUUUAGAAGGCCAUUGCUAAGCCCUUGGAUCUAGAAAUGAUGUGCAUGCAGAUGCCCACAUACUGGUUAUCUGGCAAAGAAAUGAUAAUCCCUGUGUAUGGAUGAUCAUUCAUCAAGACACAGGUGAGUGAGGUAUGGUGUAUAGGUCAGUGCUAGUGCAUGUGACCUCUCCCUGUGUGAUUUAGUGGGGUGAUUGAGCAGUUGAAACGACAGUGGCUUAUUGAAGUUAAAAUAUGGAUGAUCUUUAUGAACGAAAUAGGGGCUUAUGGUAGAAAAUUCAUUAUUAUGUGGGAUUUUUUUCUAAAGUGUUUGAUGAAUUUAUUUAUUCAUUUUAUUUAUCAUGUUGGACUGCCAGUGGGAAAAUGCCAAUGCAGCUACCCCUGGCAGGCUCUCAUUAAACAUUUUUCUUCAUAGAAUUCCAUUUGUUGUUAAUAAGUUCACAAAGACGCAUAUACAUAGACACGUAUAAAUGUGUGGGACUGAACAAGUAGAAAUACUUUACCUUCAGAGGACGGGAGCACAAGCAGAGUGCAGGAAUGACAACUUGGUGUGAAAUGUUUGUUUUCACAUGUACGUUGGACUUGCUUUGUGUCCAUGUUUGUGUCUGGUGGUGUUAGCAUUUUCUCAAGCAGUGUAUGUUAUGCUGGACUAAGAUACAUGUGCACUGGGCUCCGUGGACUGGGCAACUCCUGGUCAGGACAUGGAGCCUAGACUACAAGAGAUCAUGAGAAAUAAACUUUGUGUGAGAUCAGA